AUGCCCGUACCCAUGCCGGGUCAAACGUUAGCGAUGCAAACCUUCCUAGACAAAGAGCGCGAACGUCCCAAAAUCGCAUUACCGCAAAAAACUGUCGACCAAUUCGUCUGCGAGCCAGCGAAAUCCACUAAUUUCGGAGAAUCUCGAAAGGAAAAAAGAAACGAAGUCUUGGUAUCUCCCCUACAAUCUUGA